CUGGUUACACUACAGCUAUCCGCGUGCUCUAUUUACAAUUUUUCGAUUAGUUAUUUUAUAAUUUUCUCAACCAAAAAUGGAUGAUGAGGCCGAGACUUACAAGCUAUGGCGCAUUCGCAAGACCAUCAUGCAGCUGAGCCACGACCGCGGCUACCUGGUGACCCAAGACGAGUUGGACCAGACUUUGGAACAGUUCAAGGAAAUGUUUGGCGACAAACCCAGCGAAAAGAGACCUUCCCGCUCGGAUUUAAUUGUUUUGGUGGCCCACAACGACGAUCCCACGGACCAGAUGUUUGUCUUCUUUCCCGAGGAGCCCAAGAUCGGCAUUAAGACCAUCAAGACCUACUGUACCCGCAUGCAAGAAGAGAACAUCCACCGCGCCAUUGUGGUUGUCCAAGGAGGUAUGACGCCCUCCGCCAAGCAAUCGUUGGUUGACAUGGCUCCCAAGUACAUUCUGGAGCAGUUCCUUGAGUCGGAGUUGCUGAUUAACAUCACGGAGCACGAAUUGGUGCCGGAACACGUGGUGAUGACCGCCGAGGAGAAGCAGGAGCUGCUCAGCCGUUACAAGCUCAAGGAGAACAUGUUGAUGCGUAUCCAAGCUGGCGAUCCGGUGGCCCGGUACUUCGGAUUAAAGCGAGGGCAGGUGGUGAAGAUUAUCCGCUCAUCGGAGACGGCCGGACGAUACAUCUCGUACCGCCUAGUUUGCUAAAUUCCGACCCUAAUCCUGUAACAACCGAACUGUAAAUGUAGCUUAAGGAAUCUU